AUGGGUCGACCGACACUGGACGGCAUCCGACAAGCCUCGAUGAAUACCAUCAACAAGAGUAAAUUGAUGAUUGGUUUGACAUCCGAAGAAGAUUUGGAAUCCCAAGUUUCCAAUGAAACCGAUUCAUCUUCGUACUUGGACGGAGCUGCAGAGGUCUUGUGUCCAGACAUGACGUUUCAACAACGUUUGAUUGGCUUUGCGGCCUCGUUUACCAUUGGAUAUUUGAUUACAUUCAUGUCCUUCAAGUUCUUCAUCGAGUUGAUUGAAGGUUACCCCGUUCCAUUUGCAUUGAACUAUUCGUUUGGAAACAUUCUAUCAUUAAUGUCUUCCUGUUUCUUAUGCGGUCCCAGAAAACAAUUCAGGAAUCUAUUUGACGAAAGGAGACGACAAACUUCGAUCAUUUACCUAUCCUGCUUGGGUUCCACCUUGGUGGUCGUCUUUUUGCCGAUUCAAUGGGGACUGCAACUAUUUAUUCUCAUCUGUCUGUUGAUCACACAAUGUCUGGCAAGCUUUUGGUAUUCUUUGAGCUAUAUACCAUAUGGUAGAAGGACAGUCACUCGUGUGGUCAAGCGAACUUUGGGACUAAAUGAAUCGGAACCAAUUGAAGGGGUUGUCAACUAA